UUCGAAUCUUUUCAUUUACUUUUCAGUUUCAAAGAAAAUUAUUUUGAGUAAACAUUAUGGCCCCAAUUUAGCUUCAUAAAUUGUCUGAAAAGAAAACUCUUCUGUUUUAUAAAGAUUAUUUCGGUUUGUCUUUAUUCUGAAUUUAAAUAUUUGAAGUUUUUGUUAGUAACUUGAUUGCUGUAAAAUGUCAUAUUGUGUUUCAUAAAACCCAGCAGUUUGCUUUUGUCCUCGUUGUUGCCGGUUGUAGUUUUUGCCUGUUGAUGCCGUCAGGCUGUUGGCUGGACGCCUGUUUGCAGCAGCAGCUCCUCCUUCUGUCCUCCAUUUGACCCCGACUCCGAUAACAAGCCAGACAAAAACACAGACUCCUCCUCCUCCUCCUCACUGCCAAACUCUGGACCCUCACGCACGUGAAGCUGACAAAACUCAAACCAACAAGGCUGCCAAAACAAAGUCCCACCAUUUAUGAGGCUGCAGAGACGAUCUUUGCUAGCAGCGCUGCUGGCCGUGGCGGUCCGCAUUUACCUCCUGCCGUCUCCCAUAGAUCCCAAACCGUACAUUCUGAAAGGGCCUCCUCCGGCCCUCGAAGGGCCACUGGCUGUUAACACCCGCCUGCAGAGGGGCCGCAGGCUGUUCACUGGAAAACUACACGGACCAGAAUCCUUUGCUGCUGAUGCUCAUGGUAACAUUUAUACGGGGACGGUGGACGGGAAGCUGUGGAGAAUCGGCCCAGAUGACAGCCUUGUUCUCAUCACACACAUGGGACAGGAUCUGCCAGAAUGCGGCAGCAGCUCUGACUACGAGCCGGUCUGCGGCCGUCCUCACGGCGUUCGCCUGGACCGCCACGGUCAGCUGGUCGUUGCCGACUCUUACUUCGGUCUUUACAGCGUCGACCCUGAAACUGGAGGCAAGACUCUGCUGGUGGCCAGCUCAGACGGUGCUGAUGGCGUUCCCUUCGCCUUCCUGAACGGCCUGGAGGUCUCCUCCCAAACGGGGAUCAUUUAUUUCACCGACUCGUCCAGACGCUGGGGCCGCAGACACGUCAGACUGGAGGUGAUCGAGUUGAACAGCCUCGGCCGCCUUCUCUCCUACAACCCUGUGAAUAAAAAGGUCACGGUGCUGCUGGACUCGCUCUACAUGCCCAAUGGAAUCGCGUUGUCGCCUGACGAGAACUUCCUGCUGCUGGCUGAGACCAGCAUCGGACGCAUACUGAGGUAUUGGCUGAAAGGCCCGAAGGCAGGAAGUAAGGAGAUCAUUCUGGACAACAUGAUCGGUUACCCUGACAACAUCCGCCUUAGCGACCACGGAACUUUCCUGGUUGGCAUGACGACGACACGCUUCCAGAAGUUUCUGCCACCCUUCCUGGACAUGAUCGCUCCGUACCCGGCGGUGAAACGCCUCCUGGCCAAGCUGGUUCCUCUGAGCUGCUACAGCCUCCUGCUGCUGCGCUACGCUCUGGUCCUGGAGCUGGGAUCGGACGGGUAAAUCGUAGGGUCGCUCCAUGACCCUGAGGGACGCCUAACGUGGGCCAUCAGCGACGUCUUCCAGCACAGAGGCAGAACCUACCUGGGCAGCACAGACUUACCGUUCCUGCCCGUCCUGGACGACUGGGCCAGCUGAGGAGUGAGCGCACAAACUGUUUACAUUGAAAGUGUUUUUAUUAGAGGUUUAACACCGGGGGAGACGGAUGGAUAAUGUUUUCAUUUGGUAGAGGCAUAAAAUGCCCCAUAAAGGCUUGUCCCUUUUAAUUACUGCUAAAUCAUGUUUUAAGAAACUCUUUAGAGCUAUAAAACUGAGUUGAACUAAAAAUCCCCAAAUUGACAAUCUGUGGUUGAAAGUUAGACCUAAACUUUUAAUGUGAAGCACUGAAAUGAAUGUUAAAUUUAGUGAAAUGUCUUGGUUUACUGGAAUUGGUUGAAUUUUUAAGUAUCAUAGUUGCAAAAAA